AUGAAACUUGCUAUUUCAACUGCUGUCCUCCUUCUAGCGAUUUCUUCGUUUGCAUUUGCGCAAAGUGACCUUGAACGCGCAAAACAAGAGUUCACAACGCUACGAGAUGAGUUAACGGUUAACAGGUUUAGCGACAUUCUGUUCCUGCUCGAUACCUCUGGUAGUUUGACCCCCUCUGACUUUGACACUGAAAAGGAAUUCGUCAUAAACUUUUUGAACACUUUACCUGUCGGCAUGCAAGCAGCCAGAGUAGAGGUCAUACCUUUUGGUGAUACAGCCAGCCUAUAUAUAGACGGAGUCUCCAAUCCCUCUUUGUCCAUGAACAAGUGUGAUAUCUUUCAAAAGCUAAAACAGAUGCCUCUCAGCAUCAAUGGCUUCUCAACGAAUACGAAGAGUGCCUUUCAGCUCGCUUACGAUAUCUGUCUUGGAAAAUAUAGCGCCAAUAAAAGAGCCCCAUUUAAUAAAGUGAGGACGGUGGUUAUUCUCAUCACAGACGGAUAUUGGAAUUGGCCGUAUAACGAUCCCAGCCCCAUUCCCAUCGCCCAGAGUCUGCUUGCAGCAAAUGUAGAAGUCUUUGCAAUUGGUGUCGGAAACAUAAAUCUGCCAGCGCUUCAAAAGUUGGUUAAAGAUUCAGCAAAACAAGCAUUUCAUUUGCAAGACUUUGCGGACUUAAAUAAACUGUCCCUCUACGUUAGAGGAGGUAAGUGAACAAAGUGUUUUAAUCAUAUUCAGACUGGGUGUCUUUUGAGGUCCCCCAAAAGUUUCAAAUUGAAUAACUUCAAAAGCUAUGACUUUUCCCAAAUGUUAUCAGGUAAAAUUUAGUAUAGUAGUCGUUACGUGUCCUUCAACAUUGACGUUACCAUGGCAACCGAGUUUUGACAACCAUAUUCAUCCUUUAUUUAUGUCUGUGUGAUUUUGCUAAAAGGUACUCGCUAAGUUUAGCUGACUUGUUUUGUGUGAAAACCAGGGAGAUAGGGAGGACAGAUCAUUUGUAACUUUGAUUAGAGUUUCAUGUCAGAAAGCAGUGCAAAGUCAGAGAGUUUUUCCUGAGGGUUAGCCCAGCCAAAUCAAUGCCGUGACUCAUAAUCAUACCAAAACUACUAGCAGAGCUUGGGGGAAGUGAUUGACUAGUCAUAAGUUUCAUGGCUGGGGAGGGUGAGUAGUUGCUCCUUGGGCGUGGCUGUCUAGAGACUCAGUACAGGCACCUUGUAUGAAAUCCACACAGAUGUAAAAACGUCUUAUUUCAAUUAUAUCUUUCAUUUAAUGUAGUGUUAUGUAAACUGCCAACACUCGACUGUGUUAAAUAUUACUUGUGGCGUUCCUUAGGAGUCAGGGCUAGUCCCUACAUUGUUAACCAUGAACAAGAAUAUUACCAGGGUACCAUUUACACAAUCCAUCUAGGUUGAAAUCUUGUGCAUGUACAUAAAACUAUAAAGUUUGACGCGAAAGAGAGAACGACCCUCUACAAGGUAUCUCCAAAUCAGCUAAAAAGGCCAAAAAAGUGGAAAAUUUGCAUCUCCUCAAAUCACAGCUCUUAUUUUCUAAAGCUUGUCCGGUUUUCCCCACGUAAAUGAUAUAAAGUACCAUUAGUCUCCUACGCAGCCGUUUUUUGUGUAGCGUUGCGUGACGACACUGCGUAGGAGACUAGUUAGAUAAGAAAUAUUUUGGUUUUAUUUUUUCUAGACCCACUCGAAGAUUACGUGAAGUGCUACUGGUGCAUAGAAGGACAAUGCUAGAGUAAGUCUACAUCAAAAAGUAUUUUUGUAGGAAAUACAGGGUAAUAGGCGGGAUUAUAAAAAUGGCAUCCCUGUGGCAACAUCUUUACCCCGGGAUAUAAGAGCAAGCACCCAAUCUCUCCUCACCAGGGACCAAUUAAAGAAAAAUUUUACGAGUGUAAUUUACAAGUGUGGCUAUUGUUUGAGUCUUAAAACAAUAGCUGUGCUCGUAAAUUUACCCUGUGAACAGUCGGGACCAAGACCCUCCCCCAUAUUUGCAAUUCUAUUCAUUGAAAUAGAGCAAAAUUAAUUUGCUCAAUCCCAGUGGCCUAAAUCCCAUAUUCCGCAUAUAAACAGGCAUGACCAGUCCGCGUUCCUAUUUUACCCCUUCAGAACCCUCACACUUUUUUCUUUGUUUUUUUUGUUAUUCUAUAAUUGCGGUUGCCUGCGAAUUUUUUUAAGACCUUUCGUAGCCAACGAAAUGAAAUACCAAUUAGACCCAUCUGUGUCGGUAUAAGAUAUGCACCAUAAACCAAUUCUUAUUCGUAUUAUACUAAAGCCUGAAUAACCAUUAUCUUUUCUUGCAAUGACUCAUAAAAAUACGAGUGGCCUGAUUCCGCAGUCGGUUACUCGCUCCUAGAAGAGGGUUCUGACCGCACUACUUCGGGCUGUCUGAGAAUUUCGAUGUUUAUUACUAGUCAAUAUUUGACGAUUUCCUGACUCAAUUCCUUUUUUCUUCACUAUUUCUACAGGGAAAUAAUGCAAGAAGUAAACGAAAUGCCAGACGACGUAAAGUAAAGUUUAAAACGAAAGAAAACAAAGUUUUUGUUAGUAGAGAUGUCUAAAAAUGAUAAAGCAAAUAUGGGCAAUACAUGCUACAAUUAACCUUAAAUUUAUACCCACAAAACAAGCGUUAUCAUUUCAGUCACUCUAACUUACUCGUACCUUCUGAACCAUGGCCACUGACAUGCUUUAGUAGCAUGUUCCAGGCGUAAUAUACUUUAGUGACAAGGCUAGUUCGCUCGAUUAUAGAACCGUUUUCGUCUUGUGCAGGGCAACCAUACCAAUAUAAGGCACGGCACAGGUUACAUGCCAAGCAAAUUGGAGCAUUUUUUUGUUAGGGCUGUAAGCCACCCAUCUUUCCUUCUUAAAAAGAGUCAGUGUAUUUUCUAGCAAAGUUUUCAACAAAACUGACACACACUUCUUUCAGAUAUGAUAGGCAUGAUUUAGUGUUAAAAUCCAAAAAUGGCCCCCUUUUUCGAUGAUCAUCGCAUUUGCUGAAUUUUUUUCUAUUCGCAGAAAAUUUAGUCAGUAAUUUCAGUGGUAAAACGGCUAUGCUGCCGCUUUUUCUGUAGAGGUUAACGCUUAAGAUCGUCGAUUGCAGCGAUUAUAAGUAAUUUAUCAGCCUACAAUUCUUUACCCCUAGCCCCCGCCCAAAUUCCAAAGAAAAAUCCAUCAGAAUUAAGAACGUCCCAAUGAGUUAUUUUUUUAUCUCAGGUAGUUUUUGUUUUCUUUUAAUUUUGGGUAUGGUAAUGUAUGCUAAUGAAGUGGAAACAAAAAUUACUUGAGAUAAAAAAUUAACUACAACAUCCAUAUAAACGGAAAAUGUAGUAUUACAAGGCUUUAGGCUGAAUAAUUAUUUUUCGUUACAAAUCACUCCACAGGGAACCCAGGCAAGAAAUGAAAGAAAACCUGCAAAGUUCGACUCUUCAGAAUAAGGACUUCGGCGAAAAGAAAUUUCAGUGCUCGGUUGAUUAAAGUAAAAGAAUAAGACAUAAAGUAGUAACAAGAGUCAAAUAUACUUAAACAAGAAAUGUCAUAAUUUGGGCGAUGCUUAAUAAAUUUUGCAUCAUGUAUCGAGAGCGACUGGUGUUUUGCUUUAAUUGCAAGGUCUUCUUUUAAAUUGUUCAGUCAACUGAUUCCCUCUUCAGUUUCUAAUCCCACAGAAGACUAUACUGCAAUGGUAUUGAGGUCUCGCUACAUAGGUGCCAAUUUCUAACCAUACCGUACAUCAGAGGCACCUCUGAAACUAUCGCACGUAUACUAUAACCUUACAUCAUACGCGUUGCACACAAAGCGAUGACCACUUUAAGACGACUGCUUAGUAAUGUCAAGGACAAAGACGGACCCAAGGACAGACAGGGAGCAGUAAACAAGAUCAAAUGCUGCGACUGCCAGGUCCAUACAUUGGUGAGACCGGCAGAAAUCGUAGCACGCGACUGACUGAACACAAACGAGCGACAAGAAAUGAUGUCAACAAUCACAUUGCUGAACACCAUUUUAAUACGUAGACGAAACAUCAAAUCGGCUGGGACUCUGCGACAUGUAUUUCGUAUUCUACAGACAACUACUGAUCAACGACUUACUUUAGAAAAUUGGUACAACGCCUCUGAAUCGUAUAGUCAAAAGUUACCGGCACCGUACAAAUGACUUAUAAUAUUGACGGACUCAAGCAAAUCUUACUACGAGAGAAUGACUGGACAACCGACAAUUUGACUAAACAAUAAAGAGCUGUUUAACUGUGAUCACAGACUUGUGGGUUGUAUCCCUCCCACAAUUAGCCUGUUCUAGGAUCUCGGUCAGUGUGGACGAGCGAAAAAAGCAGGCGAGCGGAGAAAAAGUGAGUGAGCGAAAAACAGUCCUCUCGCUACUUAUUGCUCAUUUCGCCACCAUCCGGGAACCUAGAACAGGCUAUCCCACAAUGCACUGUAGGUCCCAGCAUUCUUGGAAAUUGUUGCGUCCCUUUGCUGAAACUGCAAGUGCUUGUAAUCGUUGGUCGCAAUUUUCAUACAACAGAGGCCGUGUUAGAUCACAUGACCUGGCAAUUUGAGUAUCUUUUUCCUAGGUUUUCUAUUUUGGUUUAUUUUACCAUUCACGAUGUAAACUGACUAAACUGUGAUUUUUGGAAAAGGUGCCGAAGAAUCACGAUUGAUUUACAAACCAGGCCUUUAAAAAUCUAAUUGAAGGAUUAAAGUUUGUUUGAUUUAUAAUCAAGAUCGGAUGCUGGUAUUUAUUCCCAAAUUUUAUUUAUUCCCAACAACUGGUAUUUAUUCCCAACUCCUUUACGUGUGUCCAUACCUCAGACCUGCCAACCCCUGAUAAAGGAAAAUCUGGAGACCCAUGAAAAAAAAUCUGGAGAUUCUAUAAAAAAUAGUGAGAUUCUAUUUUUUUUCCCGAUCAAGAUUAAACAAACCCCUUUUCCAUCGAGGAAAGUCAUUAACAGUUUAUUUAAAUGUUUUAUUUUUGUUCCCUGGGAGACGCCUGGGAAUUAGACCUCGUUCCCAGGGCCUACUCCCCUUUCAAAAUGGCGGACAGACACGAAGAAAAACGAUGAAGGUUAUUGAACACAAACGAAAAUCACAGCUGUGUACAAAAAAGUAAGAACAGUGUUCUUCUUUAUUAGUUUUUCACUUUAUAGCACAAGCAUUCCUCGCUAAUUUCCCAUUUUUAUUCUGAUUCAACAACUUAAAUCAUUUCAGAAUGAUUUUUCCCAAAACCCGUGAGAUUUAGGAGCCUUGUCGUGAGACCGUGAGAAAUGACAAAAAAUCGUGAGACUCACGGCAGAACCGUGAGAGUUGGCAGGUCUGAUACCUCGAUACAUGCACGCUAAGCAUAAACAAACAUCUUUUAGUCGUAGAGUAAAAAUUAAGAACUUCACUGAUCUACAAUACGCCAUUUACACAAUGACGUUAUUUCGCGGCUAUUACCAUUCAGACUCGUACCCAGUCGCUAUUUAAGUGUUUUUUGGGAUGAGAGAAGAUUGGGGAUUAGGUUGAGGCGCGCGCGGGGUUUCAUGCGAAGGGACCUUCCCAUGAGACCCCGCGCUCGCCUCACGCCUCAACCUAAUCCCCAAUCUUCUCUCAUCCCAAAAAACCCUUAAAUAGUGACUGGGUACGAGUCUGAUUACCAUUACCUCGACCAGAAUCGCGCUUCAAGUGUUUUGUUUUCUUGAGCAAGUUAAGGCAUUUGUUAGUUAGUGAUCGCUGGGAUGACCAAAUUCAAUUAAGGUGGCUCGAUACAGUUUUUCAGGGUCAAUACCUGCCAAGUUUGAGCAUAAACUACGUCGCCAAAAAUCACGUUUUGGAAAAAUUGCCACCACAGUUGUAUUGGAUAAAGAAGAAAAUUUGUUCUGAUCAGGGUUGCAACGGCAUCGGAGUUGUCAUAGCAACGAAAUGACGCUAUUACCUAUUUUACUUGCAGCAGUAUAUCUCGGCACUGGGAACUGUUCUUCGAAAAUCAUUCACGGGAGCUUUUUCCUCCAAUAACAGCCUCGAUAUUCGUGAAGUUUAAGCGAAAUCUGUAAGAGCGUUAUCGAGAUAUUUUGGGAUAAAGUUUUUAUUGUUCAAAACACAGUAAAAAAUGGAAAAUAUUGUUGUUUGGCCGUUAUCUGUAGAAAAUGAAGCGCUUUCGACAUGAAAUUUCACCUCAUAGUAGUUUCAAUCUUUUUAAAAGCGUGUGUGAAAGAUCAUGGGAGAUAGCUCCAGCCGAUUGCUAGAAAGAAGCGUUUGAUUAGUAUGGAUCGAGGCGCUCUUGUUAGCGCUUUUGUAAACAUUUUGGUCUACUUUAACAAAUUAGCAAAUAAUUUUUAGACCGCUCGAUAGAUUGUUUUAAAAAUGUAAGAUUCUUGAGAUUAACCUUCCUUUUAUAUGACCUUUUAGUUUCAAGAUUAUUGAUAUAUUGUAAGGCAGUAAAAUAAGGGCUACAAUUCGUUACUUUUUUAUCGGAAGUUUCGUCAUUACAAGUGAAAGCCUCUAAUUAUUCAAGGCAUUGUCUCCAAGUUUCAUUUUCACGUGAACAGCAGUAACUAACAAUGCAUUUGAAAUAUGCAAAAAUGCCAGCUAUUGUUGUGCGCGAAAAUAUGAAACUUGGACACAAUACCCUGAAUAAUGAGAGGCUCACACUUGUAAACGCAAACUUUCUGCCAAAAUAUUAGCGAAUUGUAGCCCUUAUUUUACUGCCUUACAAUAUAUCAAUAAUCUUUAAACUAAAACGGUUAUAUAAAACGAAGGUUAAUCUCAAGAAUCUUAUUUUUUUUAAAAAAUCUAGCGAGUGGUUUAAAAAUUAUUUGCUAAUUUGUUAAAGUAGACCAAAAUGUUCAAAAAGCGCUAACAAGAGCGCCGCGAUACGUACUAAUCAAACCCUUCUUUCUAGCAAUCGGCUGGAACUAUCUCCUUGAUCUUUCACACACGUUUUUAAAAGGAUUGAAACUACUAUGAGGUGAAAUUGCAUGUCAAAAGCGCUUCGUUUUCUACAGAUAACAGCCGAACACCAAGAUUGUCCAUUUUUUACCGUAUUUCUAACCACAAAAUCUUUAUCCCAAAAUAUUUCGAUAACGCUCUUACAGAUUUCGCUUAAACUUCACAAACAUCGAGGCUGCUAUUGGAGGAAAAAGCUCCCGUGAAUGAUUUUCGAAGAACAGUUCCCAGUGCCGAGAUAUACUGCUGCAAGUAAAAUAGGUAAUAGCGUCAUUUCGUUGCUAUGACAACUCCGAUGCCGUUGCAACCCUGAUAAAAACAAGUUUUCAUCUUCAUCUAACACAACUGUGGUGGCAAUUUUUCCAAAACGUGAUUUUUGGCGACGUAGUUUAUGCUCAAACUUGGCAGGUAUUGACCCUGAAAAACUGUAUCGAGCCACCUUAAAUGUCAAAGAAAAAAUGAAAUGGAUUCUGGUCGUAGUAGUAAAAUGACGCUAUCGCGCAAAUGGCGUGUUAUCACCAUUCACGUGUGAAUAUAACGGCUGUUUACAUAAUUUUCGAGGUAAUUAUUUAUGCACCUGAUCAACUCGGCAAAGUUCAGAUCAAAUUCGGAUAAUGUGUUUUUAGUGGUAAGUUCUUUUGAACUAUCGGAGGCGGCGUGCAUGAAAAUAGAAUACGUAAGUGUCGUUGUCUGGUAACAAUUAAAUUUGGGCGAAGUACUUCCUGAGAAAGGUACGAGUAAAGAUUCGAUGAAGAUCAGUAAAUAAUACCCUAAAACCGUGUACACAUAGUUGUAUGAUCUCUCGAUAAUGAAGCCUUAAAUUAAUCAACUUUAUCAUUUCUUGUUUUCAGUCUUCAUUGAUAUGUGUCUUAUCAUUUAUUCAGCUGGCAAAAAUUUGAUAAAUUUUCGAUCAUUUUAUGGAUAACGACCGAAACAUCUCUGAGAACAUCAUAUACACCUGAUAUUUCUUACCGCCACAGUCUCUGCUCAUCCGCGUGUAAUGAGCAUAUUGUUUCGCAAAAAUGAAAGGUUAUUUUCCUAUUGCAGUCUUUCUUCUGGCGAUGUUUCCUUUUACUUUCGCACAGGGUGACCUUAAAAGCGCAAAAGCAGAAUUCACGAGGCUACAAAAUGAGCUAACAGGCGCCAACAUGAAGAGCGACAUUCUGUUCCUGCUCGACAGUUCAGGAAGCUUGGGUGCGAAGUUUUUCAAUGCCGAAAAGGAAUUUGUGAGGUACUUUUUGUACCCUAUAACUGUGAGCUAUCGGGCUGCCAGAGUAGAGGUGAUACCUUUUGGCACAUUCGCAAGCCGAUACAUAGACGGAGUAUCCAAUCCCUCUUUUAACCAACACAAGUGCAAUCUGGAGGAUAGGUUCCGACCUCUCAAUAAUCAUCUCCAUGGUUACAUGAGGAACACGAAGGCUGCCUUUCAACUGGCCUACGAAGUGUGCUUUGGAUCUUUCAGACCUUAUAAAAGAUCUCAAGUGAAAACGGUCGUUAUUCUCAUCACGGACGGAAUUGGAGACAGAAAUUGGAAUUGGCCGUUGCAAGACCCUAGCCCUGUUCCUAUUGCCAAGAGACUGUAUGAAAACCAUGUAGAGGUGAUUGCAAUUGGCAUUGGACUCGGAGUUCAAAAGCACAAUCUUUUGCAGUUGGUUCAAGAUUCACACAAACAAGCAUUUUAUUUGCAAAACUUUGAUCAGUUAAGGGAGCUGUCGCGCCAUAUCAGAGGAGGUACGUUUUGUAAUAUUUAAUUUGAAUAGUUAUGAAAUCACCAAAGAAAGAGAGCUACAAUAAAGUAUGUAGAGAAGAAAUGUUAUUCUAGGCUUCAGAGAUAGUUCAUCGCUUUAUUGCGACAAGAUUGUUUCGUAUGGUCAAAAAUGACCACACUCCUCAGGCAAUUACAGCGAAUGAAUUUCAGUUUGUUUGUAUACUAUGCCUGUAUGACAAAAUAAUUGUCCGUGGGAGUUUACUGAUUUAAAUCAUCCCCAGUGAUUGUCAGCUUUUAAUUGCCUAUGAGUGCAGUACGGGAGUGUCGGUUAACUAUAAAGUUUCGUUUUAUUUCCUCUAGAACCGUUUGGUACACAAUUGCAGCCUGUAGAGCCCAGCAAGUGUAAUAAUUUGUGCGACCCAAUAGCACAGUGUGCCUGUCAUUUAGUGUACGCACACUACUGGUGCUUGUGUCCAGAGGGAUUCGAAGGUUCAGGAAGAGUGGGACAAUGCCAC